CAUCGUGAACCCGACGCCAGACAGCGCAUCCCAUCUGCCUAGCGCCGUCCUUAUUUUUUUUCAUCUUCUUUCGAAUAAGAAGCUAGCAACCAUGGACGCAUUCAAGGGUUUCCAGAAGAGCCUGACCUCGCUCGGCGGCCAGAUCACGCCCUUCGCCUCGCGCACCUUCCAGUACACCAAGGAGCAAUUGGGCCAGGCCGAAGACAAGACCCAACUGCCUCCUAGUUACAUUGAUCUGGAGAAGCGGGUUGAUGCACUGAAGGCGGUCCACCAGAAGAUGCUGGCUGUGACUUCCCAGUAUUCGCACGAAGCCUACGACUAUCCCCCUAAUAUCAAGGAGACGUUCCAGGACCUUGGACGCACUGUCAGCGAGAAGGUGACAUUGCUCUCGUCGGCCACGUCGCCCGGCGAAGCCCAGGCCGCGCUGACAGCACCGCCCACGGCCAAGCCGCAGCCCAAGACGUUCCCGCACGCCAUCGCCCGCGCCAGCUUGGCGAGCAGCCAGACGCUAUACCAGCAGCACACGGGAGCCGGCGAAGACCCGCUGGCCACGGCCCUCGAGAAGUAUGCCCUGAGUAUGGAGCGCGUGGGCGAGGCGCGCCUGGCCCAGGACGCCCAGAUCCAGAGCCGCUUCCUGGCCGGAUGGAACACGACCAUCAACACUAACAUCCUGUUCGCCACGCGUGCCCGCAAGGCAGUCGAGAAGGCCCGCCUGACACUCGACGCCGUCAAGGCUCGCGUCAAGGGCACCACGUGGAAGCUGGGCGGCGCCUCGUCGCCCCGCACCGAGCUGCACGACGAGCAUGAGCUUAGCCGCGAGGCCCAGGAGGAGAUCGAGAAGGCCGAGGACGAGUUUGUCACACAGACCGAGGAGGCAGUUGCUGUCAUGAAGAAUGUCCUCGACACGCCAGAGCCGCUCCGCAACCUGGCCGAGCUGAUUGCCGCUCAAAUGGAGUUCCACAAGAAGGCCCACGAGAUUCUGAGCGAGCUCGCGCCUGUCAUUGAUGGGCUGCAGGUCGAACAGGAGGCAACCUACCGUAAGAGCCGCGAAAGCGCUUCCUAAACUGAAAGGCAGGGCGUGAUGUUUGGAGCGGUGGAUGACCGGGGAUGAGCGAAGGAAAUUUGGUACGAGGAGGAGACGAGGUUCCGAUGGGGUCCAAGCAGUUCUUGUUAUUUGUUGUCGGGAUUUUUUUGGGAGCUCUCUAUACGGGUAGGCUCUUGAUAUUCUCUUUUUUUGUCUGUGUCGAGUGAGCAAGUGAGCCUAGGUUCUUUGUUUCUU